AUGUGUCAGGCGAUGAAGAAAGAUAUGCCUGGCCAUCUUGGGCAGAUGAAGACAGUGAGUGUAGCUCUGGUCCUGUGUCUGAACGUUGGUGUGGACCCGCCCGACGUGGUCAAGAUUUCCCCUUGUGCUCGCAUGGAGUGUUGGAUCGGAGGAGAGAGUUUUAUUUCACUACAUCGGCCAUGGUGUACCGAAACCCACGACAAACGGAGAAAUUUGGGUGUUUAAUAAGAGCUACACUCAGUACAUUCCCCUGUCGUUGUACGACCUUCAGAUCUGGAUGGGCAGCCCGUCCAUCUACGUCUUCGACUGCUCCAACGCCGGGAUCAUCAUCGACCUGUUCCGCGCGUUCACCGCACAGAGGGAGCAGGAGUCGGCC